AUGAGGAAAAAGGUCGAUGCACGUAUCCGCACGCUUAUUGAAAAUUGCGCCAAGACGCGCCAGCGCGCUCUGCUGGUGCUGGUGGGCGACAAGGGCCGCGACCAGGUGGUCAACCUUCACUACAUGCUGUCCAAAGCCAGCGUCAAGGCGCGUCCCUCCGUCCUAUGGUGCUACAAAAAGGACCUGCAGCUCAGCAGCCACCGCAAGAAGCGCAUGCGGCAGAUCAGGAAGAUGGCCCAGCGGGGCUUGUUGGACCCGGAGAAGGAGGACCCCUUCGCGCUGUUCGUGGCCUCCACCAACAUCCGCUACUGCUACUACCAUGAGACGCAAAACAUCUUGGGUAACACGUACGGCAUGGCUGUACUGCAGGACUUCGAGGCCGUUACCCCCAACCUGCUCGCGCGCUCCCUGGAGACUGUGGAGGGCGGUGGGCUGGUGGUCAUGUUGCUGUCCAACCUCACCUCCCUAACACAGCUGUACGGCAUGACCAUGGACGUGCACUCCAGGUUCCGUACGGAGUCGCAUCAGGACGUCGUGGGUCGCUUCAACGAGCGCCUUGUUCUGUCCCUGGCCUCCUGCCCGCACUGCCUGCUGCUGGAUGACGAGCUCAACGUGCUGCCCACCUCCUCCCUCAUCCGCUUCAUCGAGCCGCUGGCCACCCUCCCGGACGGCACCCCCCUGGAGGACCCGGGCAGGGCGGCCAGGGAGGAGCUCAGGGAGCUCACCAACAGCCUGGCGGACACGCAGCCCGCCGGCAGCCUGGUAGGUCGCUGUCGUACUCUGGACCAGGCCCGCGCGGUGGUCACAUUCCUGGAUGCGGCCAGCGAGAAGACGUUGCGAAGUACUGUGGCACUGACCGCAUCGCGCGGGAGAGGAAAGUCGGCGGCGCUGGGCCUCGCCAUCGCGGGAGCUCUGGCUCUGGGCUACUCCAAUAUCUUCGUGACGGCGCCCUCCCCGGAGAACCUGAGGACGCUGUUCGAGUUCGUGUUCAAGCACCCCUAUAGCACCCGCAAGUACCAGGGCCUUGACUCCCUGGAGUACAAGGAGCACAUCGACUACGACCUGGUGGAGUCCACCAACCCGUCCUUCGGGAAGGCCAUUGUGCGGGUCAACGUGUUUAGGAGCCACCGCCAGACGGUGCAGUACAUCCAGCCCCAGCACCACGCCAAGCUGGCGCAGGCGGAGCUGCUGGUCAUUGACGAGGCGGCGGCCAUUCCGUUGCCAGUUGUACGGCAGCUGUUGGGGCCGUACCUGGUGUUCCUGUGCUCAACGGUCAACGGUUACGAAGGCACGGGUCGCAGUCUAUCUCUGAAGCUCAUUCAGCAGCUCAGAGAGCAGGGGGCGAAAAUAGGGGGCCCGGCGCCGGGUUCGGCAGCCGCCGGAGGCGGCAGUGGCGGCGGCGGCCAGGAGGGCGGCAGUGGCGGCGGCGGCGGCGGCGGUCGCGUCUUCCGCGAGGUCCAGCUCGAGGAGCCCAUUCGCUACGCCCCGGGCGACCCCAUCGAGUCGUGGCUGCACGAGCUGUUGUGUUUGGAUGCGGGUCAACACAUGCCCAAGCCGCCGCCCAAGCUGCCGCACCCCUCGGACUGCGAGCUCUUCCUGGUGGAGCGGGACACGUUGUUCUCGUAUCACAAGGCCAGCGAGAAGUUCCUGCAGCAGAUGGUGGCGCUGUUCGUGGCCUCGCACUACAAGAACACGCCCAACGAUCUGCUGUUGAUGAGCGACGCCCCCGCGCACCAGCUCUUUGUGCUGCUGGCGCCGGUGGACCAGACCAGCAACACCAUGCCGCACAUCCUGGCGGCCGCGCAGGUGGCGCUGGAGGGCUCCAUAUCGAAGCGCUCGGCGGUCAACUCCCUGGCUAAGGGUGAACUGCCCCAGGGCGACCUCAUUCCCUGGACCGUUAGCCAGCAGUUCCAGGACCCGGACUUCCCGGCACUCAGCGGGGGGAGGGUGGUACGGAUUGCCGUACAUCCGGAGCUAGGGCGGGCAGGGUAUGGGUCAAGGGUCUUGGAGCUGCUACGGCGAUACUACCAGGGCGAGCUGACGAGCUUGGACGAGCAGGACGACGGUGUGUCGUACGGUCUGACUCAGCAGCUGUACAGCUUCUGGCGCAAGGCGGGUUACGAGCCGCUGUAUCUGCGGCAGAGCCCGUCGGACACGACCGGCGAGCACACGUGUGUGAUGGUGCGGCCCCUGGAGCAUCCUGAUGUGCAGGGCGGGGGCGCCUGGCUGGGGCCCUUCGUGCAGGACUUCAAGAGCAGGUUCAUGAGCCUGCUGGGGAGCGCAUUCAGGGAGAUGCCACCCGCACUGGCUCUGAGCAUUCUGGAUCCCCGGCUGACGUGGAGCGAGGCCGAGGGGCAGCCGGUGGUCCAGGAAGGGGUGGUGGUGAUGCGGGGGGACGGCACCCCGCUGGAUGUGUACGACCUGAAGAGGUUGCAGCGCCGACUGGCCUACUGCUCCAGCCUAGUGGACUACCACUUGGUGCUGGACCUGCUGCCCCCGCUGGCCAGGGCAUACCUGCGGGGCCGACUGCCCGUCAGUCUGUCGUACGGUCAGGCGGCCAUCCUGGUCGUACUGGGGUUGCAGCAGCGGGAGCUGGGGGCGCUGGAGGACGGUCUGGGGCUGCCGGCCAACCAGCUGCUGGCGCUGUUCAACAAGGCCAUGAGGAAGAUGUACGGCUGCCUGCGUGCGGCCAAGGAGGCCGCCGUGGCACGUACCCUGCCUGCCGUACGGCAAGCUCCGGAGCUGGCACCUCACGAGGUGUCGUUGGACGACGAUCUGGACGAGGCGGCGGCGGCGGAGCGCGCCAAGCUCCGCGAGCGUUACCUGCGGCCCGAGGACCUGACCCAGUUCGCCAUUCGGGGCGGGGAGGAGGAUAUUGCGGCGGCGUUGGGCGGCAAGGCGCCGGCGGCUGGCGGGCUGGUAUCAGUGAAAGGGGGAGCCGGGGAAGGCGGCGGCAGUGGCAGUGGCAAGGCCGGGGGAGAUGUUAUGCUGUACAAGAAGAAGGGCGGGGGUGGCAAGGGCGGAGAUAAGAAGGGUGCGGAGAAGGGGCCACGGAUUGGCGGCGGCAAGGGCGGGUUGAAGAAGAACAAGUACGGGGCAGCUCCGAGCCUUGGGGGCGGUGACGGCGAGGCGGGGCGGUCCGACUGCGGGGGGGACAGGGGGUGGAACACCGGGAACCAGGACUUGAACUACGCGCCGUGCGUCACGGUCCAGAGCCAUUGUUGGAGACUCCAAAAGAUAUGUAGACUGGCUGAGGAGACACCUGCCUUUUUCGUUUGGCCUACGGAUACAAACUUCGGCACGUUCAUGCACACACACAGACACGUAUGCUGUUCCCAGUCCAUUGGGUGUAUGCUGUUCGGGGAAAGCACCAGCUACUCCGCGGCGGAGCGGCUGCUGGGGAUGUGCAUGGACGCAGGGGUUAACUUCUUCGACACGCCUGCGGAGAUGUACCCCGUGCCGCAGAGGGCGGACACCCAGGGGACGUCGGAGGAGUACCUGGGCAGGUGGCUUCGGAGCAGCGGGGUGAGGAGGGAGGAGGUGUUGGUCGCCAGCAAGGUGGCUGGUCCUAGCGGCCAGAUGACCUGGAUACGAGGGGGCCCGCACCGAGUGGAUGCGGACAACAUACGCAGGGUGAGUCCGAAGGAGGCUCUGGACGGAACCUUGAGGCGGCUGGGAGUGGACUACGUGGACCUGUACCAGAUCCACUGGCCGGACAGGUAUGUCCCUAUGUUCGGUGACAGUGAGUACGAGCCAUCGUACGCUUUCGACGGCGCCGUACCGCUGGAGGAGCAGCUAGGAGCACUGGGACGUGCUGUACGGGAGGGCAAGGUGCGGUACGUGGGGCUCAGCAACGAAACCCCGUGGGGACUGUGCAAGGCCCUGUCGGCAGCCUCCCUGGACUCCUCCCUGCCCCGGGUAGUAUCGCUCCAAAACGCCUACAGCUUAACCUGUCGCACAUUCGACAGCGGCGGCCUGGCGGAGAUCUGCCACCUGGAGGAUGUGGGGCUUAUGUCGUACAGCCCGUUGGCGAUGGGUCUCCUCACGGGCAAGUACCUAGCCCCGGACGGGGGGCCCCCCACUGCGCGUCUCAACCGCUACCGCGGCCGCUACGCAGAGGCGGAGAGCCGCUAUGGCCCCAAACCCAACGUCCUGCAGUCCGUAACCGCCUACUGCCGCCUAGCCGCGGACGCGAGUCUCACACCCACACAGCUGGCCCUGCGGUUCGUGCUAUCCAGGCCCAUGGUGGCGUGCGCCGUGGUGGGGGCCACGAGCGAGGAGCAGCUUGCGGAGCUGCUGGCGGCGGCAGUGCCGGCACCGCCGCCGGCAGCGGGGGGAAGCUCGGGGUUGGGUUCUGGGUGGGGCGAGUGUCGGAGUGGGAGCGAGUGGUUACCUGAGGAGGUGUUGCGGGAGAUAGAUCGGAUACAUGCGCGGUUCCCUAACCCCACGCCGUGA